GUCGCGUUCGAGGGUCGCGUAAAACCGGGCCGUGGCAGUUCUCACUAGGCUUCUCCCUGGCAAUAUAAACAGAGGAGCGAACUGUGUAUCUCGGACGAGUUCUGUCUCAAUCUUCGAGGUGAGAACCGGAGUGUCGUAAGAACAGGAAGAUAGAAGUUCGGUCGACCGCACGUCAAAGACCGACCGCCGUUCGCGAGUCAGUCUUAAAGAUAUAAAUUUCGGAGCUUAAUCGCCCGCGCGGACACCGCUAGAGCCUCAGGAUGUCGGAGCGCAAAGUCUUGAACAAAUACUAUCCGCCGGAUUUCGACCCGUCGAAGAUCCCGCGCAUGAAACUGGCGAGAAAUCGCCAGUACACCGUGCGACUGAUGGCGCCGUUCAACAUGCGCUGCAAGACAUGCGGUGAAUAUAUCUACAAGGGCAAGAAAUUUAAUGCGCGUAAGGAGGACGUCGAGGGCGACGAUUAUCUCGGCAUACGCAUUUACAGGUUCUACAUUAAGUGCACUCGCUGCCUGCAAGAGAUAUCGUUCAAGACCGAUCCGAAGAAUACGGAUUACGAGAUCGAGGCGGGCGCCACGAGAAAUUUUAUGGCGCUGAAACUGGCCGAGGAGCAGGCGCAGCGGGAGGAGGACGAGGAGAAGGAAGAGGAGGCCACCAAUCCGAUGAAGCUCCUGGAGAAGAGAACGCAACAGUCGAAGCAGGAGCUGGAGCUGUUGGAAUCUUUGGAAGACCUGAAGGACCUGAACCGAAGGCAGCAGACCAUAGAUUACGACCAGAUGCUGGAGCAAUAUGACACGGAGUCCGCUAGACAGAGGACGGAAAAGGAGCAAGAAGAAUUGGACGAGCAGUACAUUAAAUCUGUAUUUGGCAAGAGACAACUGAGCAGAACUGUAGUGGAAGAGGAAAUCGAGGAGCUGGAAGAGGCAGAAGAAGAGGGAAGGCUUCAACCUCCUGCAAAAAUGCUUAAGACAGACGAAGCAGGCGACAAAGAAACGGAAAAUUCUGAUCAAUCCUCAAAACUUGUUAAAGCAUCAUUAUGGUCGGACAGUACGGGACUGUCAUCUGUUAAAAAGAAUUCGUCUAGUUUGAUCAAGAAGAGCAAUAUUGGUAUCAAGAUAAACGCAAAGUCGCAAAGUAAAACGACCGAAAGUGCUGAUUCUUCCGACAAGAAGACUGUUUCGCAGUUGGACGAGACACCCGACACCUCGACGAGCACGUCGAGUACAGUAAAUACAGGCGCCAAAUCAGAUAAUGUUGGCAACAGUCUCUCGUUGUUAGGUGCCUAUUCGGACAGCAGCGAAAACGACAGCGAUUAAUUGGAGGGAUAAAUGAAUAUAUUUUUUGUGUAAAUAUUUUUAUUCAAUAGAGUAUAUGCUGUUAUACAAAGUAAACGGGAUCUACAAAAACGCGUUUGUAUAAACACGUUAUUUGUCUCAAAAUAUGUGAUACAUGAAUCACGUACAAUUUUAGGCUUUGUAGAUAUAACUUUCGGUCUGUAUACACAGGCGAAUUGAAGAUAUUGGACGUGCACAUGUAAGUAAUUUCUUGUUAAAUCCGAUACAACCGCAGGUUGAUACUUGUAAGCUGUGCCGACGAUUACAGAGUUUCUUACAGGAUGCCGAAGGCUCUACUCCUAAAACAUAAAAGGAUACAUUAUCAGAAGCGUAGAAACAUUGGAAUACGAUCUGUUUGCAAGGCUAGGCACUCUGUAAGAAAUUCUGUCGUCGAGUUACAUUAGUGCUGAUACAAUGUAGCAGGGAGUACCUAGCCUACCAAAACAGGCCACAUAAUCAACACAUUUGAGACAAGAAAGAACUCUGAAAGACUUUUAAAAAGUGACGUUACAAUGAAAAGAGAUAUACAAGUAAAAAUUCGUCUAAAAAUCUGUCUCGAGUGUGUGCUAAUGGCGUCCACUUACUUAUAUCCGUAAUAACAACGAUUAAUUGCCUAAAAAUAACAGGUAUUUGAGAAUAUUGUGAAAUACUGAUGUUAUCUUAACUUAUUGAAUUAAGGAAUAAAAAAAUGAUUGCCAUGCAAAA